AUGGAUGAUACAAAUAAUACCUCGUUACAUUCACGUAAAAAUGUUAAAAACGCUGAAAAAUUAACAGCAAAAACGGAAGACGAUGAAGUUAAUAAUAUAAAAGAUAAAAUGGAUCCUGAUCGGAAAAAAUAUGAGAACGAUGUUGAUUCACAAAAAUUGCCUGCUAAUAUUAAAUUAAUUAUUGAAAAGAAAUUUUUUCGUUUAUUCAUGUGGGAAAUGUAUUUUGGCUAUAUAUUUUGGACGAUAUUUUUUGGCAUUGGACCAAUGGUCAUGUUUUUUCCAAUGGUUAAAUUAGCAAUAGAUGGUUAUGAAAUUUUAAUAUUAAGUUUAGCUAGUCCGAUAAUAAUGGGAUCAACGUUUAUAAGUACGAUUAUUGAAAAUAGAACGGGAAAAAUGAUUAUUCGUUUACUUGUUAUUAGUAGUUUAUUAUCAUUUCAAAUUGAAGAACCUGUACUUCGAUUAUUGUUAUUGUCAUUUGGUACAUGUGUGACAAUGCUUGAUUUAUGUUCAAGUUUAAAUUCAAAAUAUUAUUGUUACAGAUCAAUCGUUGUUUGGGCAUUAACGUACAGUUUUUUCUUUUUUCUCAGUGCAAGAGUUUGUUUUAGUAGUCUUAUACCUGCUUGGUCUGGUGUCAUUGCAAAUCUUGUCCACUUUUUGAUUGGUCUCGUCGUUUUAUUUGAUCAAUUUAUUAGAGAUAGUACAAUGACACAAUUAUUAACAUCUCUUGAAUAUCCAAUAUUUAGUGGAAAUAAUCCAACCAUCAAACCAUUACGUGUAUCUUCUCAUGAUACUCCCUCUCAACCCAACUGGUUAUUGACUGGUAUCGGUUUUGGAUGUUUAUUGUUUAAUUUACAUUGGGUUUUUGGUGAGCUAUCUGUCGUCUCACGUUGGGCAUCACAUACUUUUCCAAAUCAAGCUCCCGAUCCGAUACCAUACAGUCUGCUUGUUUGGGUAUUCUUAUUUUGUGGUGUACUCCUCAUUAAACGACCUUAUAUUGUUACAAAUCGUUGGUGGGCAUCCGUGGGCUUCAUCUCCUAUUUUGUACUUUAUUUUGGACGUGGUUUAUUCUCUUUUGUCGGGGGUCUUGGUUUGGCUGUGUUUAUUGGCUCUAUCAUUCCAUUAUUAUUUGAUAAAGUUACAAGAGGAUCAUCUGCUCGUAUAAUUGUUGUUGCAUCGCUGAUUUAUAUACUACAAGUCGUCUAUGCUGUUUGGACAUCUGCUUAUAAUUUUGUACCAUUUGGAGGGACAUUAACAAGAGAAACAUCAUACGUUCUUGUAUUUUUCAAUUUUUUGGGAAUUUAUCUGGGGGUUUUUACAGCAAGUGUGUUUUGUUCAUCAACCAUCGAGAGUGUUAUUUGA